AUGUCUACGGCGUUUGAAUUCCCAAAGAUACAUUCGUUUAUACCGUUCUAUACCAAGCAGCCAAAUGCAACUGUGUUGAACAAUCAGCUUGAUUCAUGGUGUGAAAUCCUCUUGGGCUACUGCCAACAUUAUAAAAUAACAUCGAUGUCUCCGAUAACGGGUAAGAUCCUACAUUCACAACUAGAAGAGGAUGAAAUUAAAGAUAUACCGUCAUUAUUUGAAAAUAAGUCAAUUAAAAGGGUGGCAAACGACGAGUUCAAGACAUUGAUAUUCAAGCAUCUUAUCCUGAAUCAGAAUAAGGCGGAAUUAAAGAACCCCAAAUCUCCAGAAAAUGGGGUUAUAGUAUUUUGGAGAUCAUUGGCGGAAUGGGCUCAAGUAUUAUAUUCAUUUGUUCAAAAAACUGGGCAAUUAGGUUCUGUAUUAACCGUAUACGAAUUAACAAAGCUGACGGACAGUGGGUUGACGGAUGACAUACGGAAUCUUGAGUAUGAUUUAUUGGUAAAGGUUUUAAAGGUACUAGUAAAACAGGGAAAAGCCCAAAUAUUGAUGAGCGAGGAUGGACAUGAAAUAGGUGGUGUUAAGAUUGUGUAA